GUCGGGCUGAGCUGCGUCGCCUGGAAGCGGGGCGCAGGCGUGCGCAUGCGCAUUGCACGGAGGGCGCUCGGUGACAGGUGUCGAGUCCCCACGGCGACUCGCGAUGGGGUGGCCCGCAUUGCUGCUGCUCUUGCUGUGCGCGGUGGGCGUCCGGGGGCUCUACUUCCACAUCGGCGAGACCGAGAAGCGCUGCUUCAUCGAGGAAAUCCCCGACGAGACCAUGGUCAUCGGGAACUACCGCACCCAGAUGUGGGAUAAGCAGAAGGAGGUCUUCCUGCCCUCGACCCCCGGUCUGGGCAUGCACGUGGAGGUGAAGGACCCCGAAGGCAAGGUGGUGCUCUCGCGGCAGUAUGGCUCGGAGGGACGCUUCACCUUCACUUCCCACACCCCCGGGGACCAUCAGAUCUGCCUGCACUCCAACUCCACCAGGAUGGUGCUCUUCGCUGGCGGCAGACUGCGCGUGCACCUAGACAUCCAGGUUGGAGAGCAUGCCAACAACUACCCUGAGAUUGCGGCCAAGGACAAACUGACAGAGCUGCAGCUCCGAGCCCGCCAGCUGCUCGAUCAGGUGGAGCAGAUCCAGAAGGAGCAGGACUACCAAAGGUAUCGUGAAGAGCGCUUCCGUCUGACCAGCGAGAGCACCAACCAGAGGGUCCUGUGGUGGUCCAUCACGCAGACCGUCAUCCUCAUCCUCACUGGCAUCUGGCAGAUGCGGCAUCUCAAGAGCUUCUUUGAGGCCAAGAAGCUGGUGUAAUGUCCUCUCCGAAUGACCCUCUCACCUCAGUUAUUUGGUACUUUCCCCACCCAAUACCUUAUCCACCUGGCUUGUGAGGGGAAAAAAAGAAAAUAUAUAAACCACAUUGGUUCCCUGGCAGCAAAGCAUCCCGAUCAGCCACUUGCUAAUGAUGGUUCUCAAGAACACAGGACAUUGGUCCAAGCUUUCAAAGAUGUCUUGAGGUUUGUGCACGGUCAGAUCUGACCCAGGACUAGGUCUCACUUCUCUCACCUCCAGUGAUUCCCCUGCAUCCUGUCACCAACUGAGCAAAUGACGAGUCUCUCUUUUAACUUCAUCUACUCAUGCAGUAAGCGAUGGCAAUGCCCCAGAGGCCCUGCCUCCCUGCUCCCGUCAGUCCUGGGCUCUCCCAGUGGCUUUGUGAAUGUAAAUAAGGGGCAGAGGCCCUAGAGGAUUGAAAUGUUUUUCUAUAUAUUAGAACUAUUUUUUGAUAAAGUAUAUAUUUUCUUUCCUAGUUGAAGUGUUAACUGCCUGUAUGACUAGCUGAAAACACCAACACAGCCCCUUGCAUUCGGUCUGUCCACACAUUUCUGACAAGUGCUGUGGCAGCUCUCAGGAUUUCAGCCGUCUGUGGGCCAGAAAGCAGACGUCCCCACUGCUGUCAAGGCCUAAAGAGAGGGCCAAGCAGAUUCCUCUGGGACACUUGAGAUUUCACCAGACAGGGCCUCGCUCAGAGUGAGGUCGUGACAGCUCACACAAGGCAGGGCACUCCUACCCGCCCGCUCCCCUUGACCUUUAUUUAAGCUAUGGUAAAUGUCUUCAUGGACAUUUGGUUCAUGGUUUGGUUCUUUAUACAGAUUUUCCCAGUGAAAUAAAACGUGUUGUACUAGCCGUGUUUGAAAUGAAGUGAGAGGUUAUGGGCAGAGUGGAGGCACACAGGUACGGAGGAAGGGCUCCUGGCCUGGACUGCCCCUGCAGCUGCCUGGAGUGGACUGCAGCGUGUGGGCUCAUGGUGCUAGGGCUUGUCCUGACCUCAGUCUUGGGAUGUGGGUGGACAAGUGGUUGCUCAGCCAUUCACAUGGGUCAACCAAGUAGAAACACCAGCAAGGGAUUGUAGGAAGGGCUUAAGUCUCAGAUCGUAAGUUUAAGCAGAUCUCACCACACGCCCCUAUGUCGUCUUCUGUAGGAAACAAUGCCAUCAGUUGCCCGUUCUUGAUGUGUUUAUUUCAUGGUUUUAUUAUUUAUCUGACCUACAGAACUAAAUUCUUAAUGUUUUUCUUUAUUUCCUAUAUUAUUCCACAUAUGUACCUGUUUUUACUUGUAAAAAUAUAUGCAAUUUAGAUUUA